AUGAACCACUACCUGUACUGCGUCUACACUGCGGUGGGUGUGCUCUCAGAGGAAGGGGAGGAGCUCAGCGUGGGCGUAGACACUCCUCCCAGUGCCGGGUUCACGCCGGCCCCUCCCCUCGCCAGGAACCCGGGAGCCGGGCUCUUCACCGCCCAGACAGGAGGGCUGUGGAACCCAGCCCUAACAACCCUUUUCUGUGGUUUGGGGAGAGGUCUUACAGAUUCGCUUCUUUGUGCAUCACUGUGCUUUUCUCCCUUGCAGAUAAAAAAUCUCAACCGUGGUUUUGCCAAACUGAAGGCCCUGGUGCCGUUUCUUCCCCAAAGCAGGAAGCCUAGCAAAGUUGAUAUCCUUAAAGGUGCGACUGAAUACAUCCAAGUUCUCAGUGAUGUUUUGGAAGGAGCCAAAGACUCGGAGAGACAAGACCCAGAUCAUCAGAACUAUAGCACCAGAACUUCCGAACCACAUAUAUCCUUGGCCAGAGAGCCAUCGAGAAACACCACCCGACAUGCUGGCUGUGCUGUGGGCUUGAAGAAUGAGGAGGAAGGGUCCUGGGCAGAUGGUGGCAGUGGUGAGUCGUCACACCCUUGUUGCCAGAGGGCGGUGUCUGCGACAGCAGUUACCUGCCCAACCAGGAGUCUGGAUAGAUUUCCAGAAGUAGAACUGAGUCACAGCUCGUGGUGCGGGAGUGGACGUGGGCAGAGGGCCUGGGCGGCGGGACUGCGGCAGCGCGGGCGGCGGGACUGCGGGCGGGGGCACUGCAGCACGGCGGGCCGCGGGCGGCCGGGCAGCCGCCCGCUAGAGGGGGCGCUGUGGGCAUCACCAGGCGGCCUUUUGUCAGCGCACACGGCCAAGAGAGCUCUCAUUUCCUCCCAGCCUUGUGCGGGAAAUGGAUUUAAUUCUGAGAGCGGGGCUGUAGGAGACGAGCGGGAACGAAAGCCUUUUGUCAAGGAGUAG